GCGCACCCGCGGUCGCCAUAGCAACGGCGCCGGACUUCCGCCGGCCGCGCGCCCUCUGACCCGGAAGUGUUGGCGGGCGCCUCGCUGUCGGUCGAGCCCCAGCUUCGGCAGCGCCGCCGCCAUGAAGCCGAUCCUGCUGCAGGGCCACGAGCGCUCCAUCACGCAGAUCAAGUACAACCGCGAGGGAGACCUGCUCUUCACCGUGGCCAAGGACCCCAUCGUCAACGUUUGGUAUUCAGUGAACGGGGAGCGGCUCGGCACGUACAAUGGCCACACGGGAGCUGUCUGGUGCGUGGAUGCAGACUGGGACACCCGACACGUGCUCACUGGCUCUGCAGAUAACAGCUGUCGGCUCUGGGACUGUGAAACAGGAAAGCAGCUUGCCCUGGUGAAGACCAGCUCGGCGGUGAGGACGUGUGGCUUUGACUUUGGAGGAAACAUCAUCAUGUUUUCCACGGACAAGCAGAUGGGCUACCAGUGUUUUGUGAGCUUCUUUGACCUGCGGGACCCCAGCCAGAUCGAGAACAACGAGCCAUACAUGAAAAUCCCCUGCAGUGACUCUAAAAUCACUAGUGCUGUGUGGGGCCCCCUGGGGGAGUUCAUCAUCGCAGGACACGAAAGUGGGGAGCUCAACCAGUUCAGCGCCAAGUCAGGGGAGCAGCUUUCAAACAUGAAGGAGCACACCAAGCAAAUCAAUGACAUUCAGACCUCCAGGGACAUGACCAUGUUCAUCACCGCCUCCAAGGACAACACGGCCAAGCUCUUUGAUUGCACGACACUGGAACAUUUGAAGACGUUCCGGACAGAGCGACCGGUGAACUCUGCCGCUCUCUCCCCCAUUUUUGAUCACGUUGUGCUUGGUGGUGGGCAAGAGGCCAUGGAUGUGACCACGACCUCCACCAGGAUUGGCAAAUUUGAGGCGAGGUUCUUCCACUUGGCUUUUGAAGAAGAGUUUGGCAGAGUGAAGGGUCAUUUUGGUCCAAUAAACAGUGUCGCUUUUCACCCCGAUGGAAAGAGUUACAGCAGUGGUGGUGAGGAUGGCUACGUUCGCAUCCAUUAUUUCGAUCCCCAGUAUUUCGAGUUUGAGUUUGAAGCUUAAAGGAGGACGUCCUCUCCUCUUCUUCCCUCUUCCCAUCCGUCGCCCAGUCCAUUGGCUCCUGAGCAGAACUGCUGUAAGGCCUGAAGUUGGUCUGCUCCGCAGGAGGCAGCAGGAAGCAGCAGCAAACUCAGGGGCUGUAUGGAUGUGGGCAUCUAGAACCCCAACCAGCUCAAAACAGCACAACCUGUGGCUUUCUCAGGAGGUAGAGUGAAGGUGAGGAAAGGAGUUGUGUUGGCUGCCUGCCUGCCCCUGUGGAUGCUAACUUCCUGGCCUGCUGGGCAUAUUUAUAUACCAGUGGAGAAAAAAAAUCGGCAGGAAAUAAAAAAUCUUUUCUAAACACCAGAAAAA